AUGGCUUCCUCCAACAACUUCUCAUCCUCCCUCAAUCGAUCAAGCAAGAAAUCCUUAGUGAAUGAUCCAAAAACUUGUGAUUAUGGGUUCCCUGCACAAUAUUGCCUCCUUCCACUUCUACCAACCGGGGCCCUUCUUCUUGGCAUUGGGACUGCAGGUGGUGGUGGAGGAGGUGGUUGGGCUGCAAGUGGUGGUGUUGGAGGUGGUUGGACUGCAGGUGGUGGUGGAGGAGGUUGUUGGGCUGCAGGUGGUGGUGAUAGAGGUGGUUGGACUGCAGGUGGUGGUGGAGGAGGUUGUUGGGCUACAGGUGGUGGUGGUGGAUGUGAUUGGGUUGCAGGUGGUAGAGGAGGAGGUUGUUGGGCUUCAAGUGAUGGUGAUAGAGGUGGUUAG